AUGGGGUUAGGAUCGCUUGCUUCCAGGGCCCUACGCCCCAGAGCCGCAAGGCACCUCCUCCACAGGACCAUGGUCACCUCCACCCCCGAGCCAUCCACCGCCGCCCAGCCCGAGCUCCCUCCCCGUACCCCCGUCGGCGGCGCCCGAGUCCACUUCGCCAACCCCGACGAUGCGAUCGAGGUUUUCGUGGACGGAUACCCCGUCAAAAUCCCCAAGGGCAUGUCUGUCUUGCAGGCCUGUGAGGUCGCCGGCGUUGACAUUCCUAGGUUUUGCUACCACAGCCGGUUGUCCAUCGCCGGUAACUGCCGUAUGUGUCUCGUCGAGGUUGAGAAGUCUCCCAAGCCCGUCGCCUCUUGCGCCAUGCCUGCCAUGCCUGGUAUGAAAAUUAAGACCGACACUCCAAUUGCCAAGAAGGCUCGCGAAGGAGUGAUGGAGUUUUUGUUGAUGAAUCAUCCUUUGGACUGUCCAAUUUGUGAUCAGGGUGGAGAAUGUGAUCUCCAGGAUCAGUCUAUGGCCUUUGGAUCUGACCGUGGCCGAUUCACUGAAAUGAAGAGAUCAGUAGUGGACAAGAAUCUUGGUCCUUUGGUCAAGACUGUCAUGACCCGCUGUAUUCAAUGUACAAGGUGCGUCAGGUUUGCAACAGAGGUUGCUGGGGUUCAGGACCUUGGAAUGUUAGGCCGUGGAAGUGGAGAGGAAAUUGGGACUUAUGUUGAAAAGCUUAUGACCAGUGAACUUUCGGGAAAUGUUAUAGAUAUCUGUCCUGUGGGAGCCCUAACCUCAAAACCAUUUGCAUUUAAAGCUCGUAAUUGGGAGUUAAAGGGAACAGAGACCAUUGAUGUUACUGAUGCUGUUGGAUCCAAUAUUCGAAUUGAUAGUAGAGGUCCAGAAGUCAUGCGCAUUGUUCCACGUUUAAAUGAGGACAUAAAUGAGGAAUGGAUAUCAGACAAGACUCGAUUUUGUUAUGACGGUUUGAAGAGGCAAAGAUUGAAUGACCCUAUGAUUCGUAGUGCUGAUGGACGCUUUAAGCCCGUGAGCUGGCGUGAUGCCCUUGCUGUUGUUGCUGAGAUGGCUCAUAAAGUUAAGCCAGAAGAAAUUGUUGGGGUUGCUGGUCAGCUGUCUGAUGCCGAGUCCAUGAUGGCACUAAAAGACUUCUUAAAUAAAAUGGGGUCUAACAAUGUGUGGUGCGAAGGAAAUGGUUCCAACCGUGAUGCGGAUCUUCGAUCUGGAUAUAUAAUGAACAGUAGCAUUGCUGGACUUGAAAAGGCGGAUGCUUUUCUAUUGGUUGGCACCCAGCCAAGAGUAGAAGCUGCUAUUGUAAAUGCUAGAAUCCGGAAGACAGUGUUAUCUAACCAAGCCAAGGUUGGGUACGUUGGUCCUGAAGCUGAUUUGAAUUAUGAACACCAGCAUCUUGGAACAGGCCCCGAUACACUUCUAGAACUUGCUGAGCGUCGCCACCCCUUUUCCUCGGUCCUCUUAAAUGCCAAGAACCCUGCCAUUAUUGUCGGUGCUGGGCUGUUUGAGAGAAAAGACAAGGAUGCAAUUUUCUCAGCUCUUGAAACCAUUGCCAAAUAUGCGAAGGCUGUAAGGCCUGAUUGGAAUGGAUUUAAUGUACUGCUUCUCAAAGCGGCCCAGGCUGCAGCACUUGACCUUGGACUUGUGCCGGAAUCUGAAAACAGCAUUGAGUCUGCAAAAUUUGUUUAUCUGAUGGGUGCUGAUGAUGUUAGCUUAGACAGGGUUCCAUCUGAUGCGUUUGUGGUUUAUCAAGGGCAUCAUGGUGACCGAGGUGUGUAUCGUGCUAAUGUCAUCCUCCCUGCAGCAGCUUUCAGUGAAAAGGAAGGAACAUAUGUAAAUACUGAAGGGUGCUCUCAGCAAACAAUGCCUGCAGUUCCAACUGUCGGUGAUGCCAGGGAUGACUGGAAGAUACUCCGCGCUCUAUCUGAGGUAGCAGGCGUGAAGCUGCCUUAUGAUUCAGUUGGGGCCAUCCGAUCCCGGAUAAAGACUGUGGCACCAAACAUCUUAAAUGUAGACGAGAGAGAACCAGCUACAUUUUCAUUUUCGAUUAAGCCCGAGACCACUCAGAAAAUGGAUUCGACUCCAUUUGGUACUGCUGUUGAGAAUUUCUAUAUGACUGAUUCCAUCACCAGGGCAUCAAAGAUAAUGGCACAAUGCAGUGCAUUGUUGUUGAAGAAGUGAGUAGCAACUUUGUUUUGUUUUUGUUGUAAUAAAGUUAUUCACUCGUUUCCUACUGUCAGAGUUAUUCUUCACUGGGAUUUUGUAAAGGCCCUGUUUGGCCAGAGCUUCUGGAACAUUGGAAGUACUUCCAAUAAAACUAUCUUAGGUUUGGUCAUUGUAAUGCAAUGUAAACGCAUUUUCUGUACAACUGGUUACUGCAAAUUGCAGUCUUAGUCUUUGAGAUUAUUCAAUUGCUGUUGCAUGGACAUCUCUAAGUUCAUGCUGGGG